AUGUGCCACCAACUCUGCCAACUGCACUCCAUAUGCGGCCACAUCACGAAGCGCGAAAUCCGCUACGAGGUCGCCCCUUCCAACCCCACGAAAGCACCUCCUCAACCAUGGCCCUCCACUAUCGACACAGGAAGCAAAGUUAAAGACGCCUUCCUGACCUGGUGUCUUAAGUCCUUAAAGCCCGUCACCAACAAGGCUCACCCGCUCCGCUCAACAUGCCGGCCCCCACUGACCCUCCUUCACGAGGUCGAGUUCGGCUUCUGUCCCAAGUGUCGUGAGUACUACGACAAGUAUGCCGCCAAUCUGGUUAUGCUUCUGCAGGUGACGAAGAUCAUUGGUAUGGAGAUGGGUAGCGGUGGCUCUGCUGACAAGCUGGAGAAAGUUAAGGACUUGAGACGAAGGACGUUGGAGUGGGCGGAGGAAGGUGAUAGCGCGCGUGAGAAGGCUAAAAUUGAGCGGAGUAAAAGAAUAUUAAGAGAGAAAAAAAGGCUCGAGGCGGAGAGAUUCGAACAGGAGAGAAAGGCCAGGAAAGAGAGAAGACUCGAAAUAAGAAAGUGGCUCGAAGACAAGGAUAACAUUGAAGAUGACCUCAAGAAAGUGGAGAAAGAAGAGAAGAAAAAGAGGAGCGGUAAGGAAAAGGUCAAGGUGGAGAUUGAAAACACCGAAGGAAGAACGCUGAUCGAGUACGAACAUGGGAAAAGCGAGACGGGGGUGAGAGUUCGCAUGAGUCCUCGACCAGGAGAACGGGGCCGCGGUCCCAACUUGGGCGCUAGCCAUCGUCACGAGCGAGUCUCUGGCAAUGACGACAAGUUGGACGAGAAGCCGAAGGUCCAUAGAUCACGGGGCGUUUCAGACCUCGUGAAAUUCUUUGAAUCUCGGUCCAACGAGACAAAAACGAAGAAGGAAGGUGUUCGAUCCGCACUCUCUGAGUUUCCUGUAGAGAAGAAACUGCCCCAGAACUGCCAGAAAGAAGCCCUGGGAGUCACGGAAAAACCGGCAGAGAACCAAGCGACCGCAAAGUGCGUAAACCGACGGCCAGAAGUCCAAAAAGCCGCUAAGACCAAUAUCUCUGCGCCCGGUCUUCAACAGCAGCCCCAACCGGUCGAACCAAAAGCUCUCGAGCCCCAGCACAGGCCGAGCCUACCCAUCUCAAAGUCGAAGUCAUCAACGUUUCGUCCUCCUCCUGGGGCGCCCCAGCUUCAUCCGUCGACAUAUGACAAGGUCAAGGCGAGCUCAUCAGUCGAUAAACACCCAGCCGUAACCUUGAAGUGCUGCCCUCAGCUUCCAGCAAAACCGCAGAACACUGACGACGCUGCCAACAAGGCAAAUUCCAAAAAGAAGCUGUCUCCCGUUGAACAGAAGAAGGAAGAAGAGCUUUCGAAAAGUGAGAAGAACGACGGCGAAAGGCCACCUUUGAUUCGCCGCACAGGUACAGCAACUUCGAAGGGUACAAAUACCGUCCCUGUCCACCAUAACUCGAGCAAGAAGCCAGCUGCGUCCAAAGGAGAUAAAGAAAGGGAGACUUCACAGAUUGAGAAGAAAGAGGGGCAUCAACAGACUCAAUUCGGCCGUACAGUUCCUGUGAGGGCGGAGAAGACUCCCGAGAUUCCUACCCAGGGAGAAAGCAGAGGGGAGGCGCCAGUGACUUUGUCCAAGCCAGAGCCUCAGCUGCCCAAACUACUACAGCCUGAGCCAUCCAAGCCUGAAGCAUCCAAGCCAGAUUCCGCGAAUGAGACCAAGCCUCAGCAAACCCCACAUGCUACUCGUGAAUCGAGGGAGAAAGACAAGUCGUCCACGCCUCCUAUCGAUCCUGCUCCCGGAAACACGUCUUUCAACCCCUCCAUCGGCUCAAUGACGGUAGAGUACGAUCCGACCGAAAGGGUGGUUUCCAACUAUUCGAUCAGUUCGACGGUGGUAAACUGCAAUUCGACAGAGAGCAAGGUCUCCAAUCCGUCCAUUGACUCAAUGGCGGUAGAGUGUGAUCCGGACAAUGGCAGGCUUUCCAUCACCUCAGUCGGCUCGAUGGUAGUAGAAGACAAUUCAACUGACAGCACGCCUUCCGACGUUUCAAUCAGCUCAAUGGCGGUGGAAUGCGAUUCGGUCGAGAGCAUGCGUUCCAAUACCUCCAACGGCUCGAUGGUGGUAGAGUACGAGCCAACCGAGGGCACCCUUUCUAACCCUUCGAUUGAUUCGAUGGAGGCUGAGCUCGACUCGACUGAACAAUCCAGCUUGUGGGAGGAGAUUCGUCGGCAUCUGGGCAGCAAUGACGGGUCAAUUUUGGCGCAUCCGUCGUACUGUAUGUGUGCGAAAUGUAUCCGGGCGAGGUGA